UUUUACUCGUUUUCCCCCAUAAACACCAGAGGUGGAAGAAGGGGCGGCUAGGGUUGAAAAGAGGCUUCAGGUUAUUCAGUGAGUUGUUGGCAUCAUGUCGUGGUGCACAAUAGAGUCUGAUCCUGGUGUAUUUACCGAACUUAUACAGCAAAUGCAAGUCAAAGGCGUGCAGGUGGAAGAAUUGUAUUCCUUGGAUAUUGAUUCUCUGAACAGUUUAAAACCUGUAUAUGGGUUGAUAUUCCUUUUCAAGUGGAGGCCUGGAGAAAAAGAUGACCGUCUCGUUGUUAGUGAUCCCAACCCCAACUUGUUCUUUGCUAGCCAGGUAAUUAACAAUGCAUGCGCAACCCAAGCAAUCCUAUCGAUUCUCUUGAACUGCCCUGAAGUUGAAUUAGGUCCAGAACUAUCUUCUCUAAAAGAAUUCACCAAAGGCUUCCCCGCCGAACUCAAAGGCUUAGCCAUAAACAACAGCAAAGCCAUUAGAACAGCUCACAACAGUUUUGCCAGACCUGAGCCUUUCAUUCACGACGAACAGAAAGCUUCAGCUAAAGAUGAAGACGAAGUGUACCAUUUCAUAAGCUAUAUACCGGUCGAGGGCACACUUUACGAACUGGACGGGUUAAAGGAAGGACCCAUUAGCCUUGGACAGUGCGGGCAAGGAGAUUCAUCAGAUUGGUUGAAGAUCGUACAGCCAGUGAUUCAAGAAAGAAUCGAAAGGUACUCGAUAAGUGAAAUAAGGUUUAAUCUUUUGGCGGUUAUAAAGAACAGGAAAGAGUUAUAUACGAGCGAACUCAAGGAUUUACAGAGGAAGAGGGAGCGGAUUUUGCAGCAGCUAGGGGCGAUGCAGUCGGAGCGACUUGUGGACACGACUAAUGUUGACAGUCUCAACCGAUCGAUUCAAGAGAUUAAUUCGGGAAUCGAGUCUGCCACUGAGAAGAUUGUAAUGGAGGAGGAGAAGUUUAAGAAUUGGAGAAUUGAGAAUGUAAGGAGGAAACAUAACUAUAUACCGUUUCUGUUUAAUUUCUUGAAGAUUCUGGCAGAGAAGAAGCAGCUUAGACCUCUUAUUGAGAAGGCUAAGCGAAAAAACAGCAGUACAAGGUGAAUUCUCCAACUUAGGAAGGUCAUCUGGAUCUUCUUUUCUGUCUCUUUUAUGCUUAUUAUUUCAAGAUUAAUGGUCAAAUGGGGAUUAACUAACUAUGUCUCUAUGAUUUCAUUAGUACAUUAAUUUAGAAGGGAUUUUUGCAUCCUUGUGGA